GAAAUAUAGUUUAUAGUACUUUUCUAAAGCAAGAUUGACAACACUGGUGCUAAAAUUGACAAUUGACGUUGACGUUUAUCUUUCAAUAAAUUGUCUUUUGAGUUUUCCGCUCCCUUUGCAAUCAUGGCGGUGACCAACAUUUCUAAAAAGCGAAAAUUCGUCGGUGACGGAGUUUUCAAGGCGGAAUUAAACGAAUUCCUUACUCGGGAACUGGCUGAAGAUGGGUACUCCGGCGUGGAGGUCCGCGUCACACCGACCCGGUCAGAAAUUAUCAUCAUGGCGACUAGGACACAGAGCGUGCUCGGUGAAAAGGGACGAAGGAUUCGCGAGUUGACCUCGGUCGUACAAAAGAGGUUUAACAUUCCCGAGCAGUCUGUGGAGCUGUACGCUGAGAAAGUCGCCACCAGGGGACUGUGCGCCAUCGCUCAGGCCGAGUCUCUCCGAUACAAGCUUAUUGGAGGUUUGGCUGUCAGGCGUGCAUGCUACGGAGUGCUCAGAUUCAUCAUGGAAUCUGGUGCAAGAGGCUGCGAAGUGGUAGUGUCAGGCAAGCUGCGAGGUCAGCGAGCCAAGUCCAUGAAGUUUGUGGAUGGCCUCAUGAUCCACUCGGGAGACCCGUGCAACGACUAUGUGAACACAGCCACACGACAUGUGCUCCUCAGACAGGGGGUGCUUGGAAUCAAAGUAAAGAUCAUGUUGCCGUGGGACCAGCAGGGCAAGAACGGCCCCAAGAAGCCGCAGCCCGACCACAUCCUGGUGACAGAGCCCAAGGACGAGCCCGUGCCGCUGGAGCCCACGUCCGACGUGCGGCCCGUCGCGCCCACGCCGCUCGCCGCGCAACCCGUGCCGCCGGUCGCUUAGUUAUUUAAGCUAACAAAUAAAAACUGAAAACCUU